UUACCAUAAAUUAAAAUUAAAAAAUUGAAACGUAUGUGAGAAGUACUCGUUGGACUAUAAAUAGAGGAUUGUGAUCGUCUCUUCCCCCACAUCUCCAUAACUACAAAAACAGAGAAGCAUAUUACUAGCUCAGCUGUUCAUUCUACAAGCUUCCUUCCUCCAUUAUCCCUUGCAUACAUCCUUUCUUUCUUCUUCCCAAAUGGAUCUUGUUUAUGGAAACAUGCUACAUGCAGUUCCCACCACUGUCGUGACUCCACAAUCUUCAAAGAAUAUUAAAACCAUGAAUCCUACGUUGAUCUCCCAAUGGAAUCCAUCUCCUCGGGUUCCUAAGAUUGUGCAGUCACGACAGCCACGAGGAAUCUGUAAUGCACUUCCCCUUGUCCAUGAAGCUAAGGAAGGAGGUGAAGCAAAUGCUCCACUUACCCCGCAGGACAAGUACAAAGAGAUUAUGUCAAGAUUUCCCAGGAGGGAUGAUUGGGUCCUGCAGCCUCUUUACCAGUACCAAGGCUUCUGGUACUUCCAGGAUUAUUUAAUCGGCUUGUUGGCUGCUCAAGAAAACUUCAAGCCCCAACCUUCUGAUAUUGUUAUUUGUACUUAUCCCAAAACUGGCACCACUUGGCUUAAGGCUUUAGCUUAUACCAUUGUUACCCGCUCUAGAUUCAGCGAUUCUGAGAACCCAUUGCUCAUCAAAGCACCACAUGAUUGUGUUCCCUUUUUCGAGAUUGAUGCUGCUAGAAACACAUCCAAUCGUGACCCACAAGUCCCACUUGUAGCUACUCAUAUUCCAUAUACUUCUUUGCCAACCUCCAUAUCAGAAUCUGGUUGUAAACUUGUUUACUUGUGCAGAGACCCUAAGGACGUGCUUAUAUCUAUGUGGCACUUUCUUAGAGGAAAGUUGCCUGAAGGAAUUGACAAGGAUACAUACAUCAAUUUGAAUAAUUCGUUUGAGAUAUUUUGCGAAGGAAUUGCUAGCAAUGGACCCUAUUGGGACCAUGUGUCGGGAUAUUGGAAGGCAAGCGUGGAAAGCCCUGAGAAGGUGUUGUUUUUGGUCUACGAAGACUUGAAGAAGGACACUGUUUCCAUCGUUAGAAAGCUGGCUGAGUUCAUGGGGUAUCCCUUUACCCCAGAGGAAGAGACACGAGGGGUAGUGCAAGAAAUCGUGGAGUUGUGCAGUUUCGAUAGUUUGAAGAACUUGAAGGCGAACACAAGCGGUGUGUAUAGCCCAGAUUCCCCAUAUACCAUUCGAAACACUGAAUUCUUCAGAAAAGGUACCACUGGAGAUUGGAAGAAUUAUUUUAAUGAAGAAAUGGCUGCUCGUUUGGACCAAAUAAUAGAGGAAAAACUCAACGGCUCCGGCUUCUCUUUCCUUUCUCGUUAAUUCAUUACAUAUUACUGAAAGUUGAAAUUUUUCUUGUCUAUAUAAUAGGAUGUCGGAAUAAGCUUCUAAGAAGAACCUCCUGUUCUUCUUUCUUUUUUUCAUAUUAGUUAUUGUAAAAUUAUUAAACAGAAUAA